AGGUGAUUGCCGCUUGCCGCGUGGCAUGCCCGAAAACCCACGAAAAUCCCCGAUCCGAUGGGACUGACGCGACGAAGCGCCAGUUGCAUGUCGGACUUCGUGCCGGUCGUGUCGUCGCUGUUCCUCGGUUCGAACGUUGGCCGAUAUGGAGAACCAGCAGGUGUGGGUGCGGGACCCCCAGGAGGGUUUCAUAAUCGGCAAAUUCGUGGACAUGGUGGACGGAGAUGCGCUGAUCAUGCCGCUGGAUCCGAAGUAUCCGCAGCGCACCUGCCCGUUGGACGAAGUUUACCCUGCCGGGGAGUACACCAAAGACGUAGAAGACAAUUGUGCUCUGAUGUACCUGAACGAGGCCACGCUGCUGAACAAUAUACGGACACGUUACUUCAAAGACAGGAUAUAUACCUACGUCGCCAAUAUCUUAAUCGCGGUGAAUCCGUACUGCGAGGUCAGAGAUCUCUACUCGCCGAAAACCAUUAAGUCUUAUCAGGGAAAGUCCUUGGGAGAAACGCCGCCGCAUGUUUUCGCCAUUGCCGACAAAGCGUUCAGAGAUAUGAAAGUGCUCAAGCAGUCGCAGAGUAUCAUCGUUUCCGGCGAGUCUGGGGCUGGCAAGACCGAGUCCACCAAGUAUCUGCUUCGGUACCUUUGCGACUUAUGGGGGUCGACGGCUGGACCGAUCGAGCAGAAGAUUCUGGAUGCGAACCCUGUACUGGAGGCAUUUGGGAACGCCAAGACCAAGAGGAACAACAACAGCUCCCGCUUUGGGAAGUUCAUGGAGGUGCAUUUCGACUCGAAAUGCCAGGUGGUCGGCGGUUACAUUUCCCAUUACCUCCUGGAGAAGUCGAGGGUGUGCCUUCAGAGUCCCGACGAGAGGAACUACCAUGUGUUUUACAUGAUGUGCGCCGGGGCGCCGCCCGAGCUCCGCGCGAAACUUGGGAUCACGAAACCGGAUGAUUUUCACUACUUGAGGAACGGUUGCACUCAGUACUUCUGCAACGAGGAGUCGGAGAAGAAGCUGAACGACGUCCAGAAGAGUCGCGAUCAAGUGAUGAAGGGUAGCUUGAAUGACCCCAUUCUGGAUGAUGUCGAAGGGUUCAAUGCUAUUGACCAGGAAAGAGCAACGGCGCUAACGCGACUGGGUUUAACUGAGGCAGAAAGAAUGGAAAUUUAUACGAUGGUGGCUGCAGUACUUCACCUUGGUAAUAUUACAUUCGAAGACAAUCCCGAGGACACGAAGGGUGGAUCCAGAAUAUGCGCUAGCUCUGAGAAGGCAGUGGUGAUGUCUGCCAAAUUGUUGGGCGUCGAUCCUGAAGAGCUCAGGCAAGCUCUGGUCUCCAAGGUCAUGCAGACUAGUCGUGGCGGUAUCAAAGGGACUGUCAUCAUGGUACCGUUGAAGGUUUACGAAGCCAACAACGCCAGGGACGCUCUGGCCAAAGCCAUCUAUAGCAAACUUUUUGACCACAUCGUCGGCCGUAUCAAUAAAAGUAUUCCUUUCAAAGCCUCGAGUUACUACAUUGGCGUCUUGGAUAUUGCAGGAUUUGAGUAUUUUAAAGUGAACAGCUUCGAACAGUUCUGCAUAAACUACUGCAACGAGAAGCUACAGCAGUUCUUUAACGAGAGGAUCUUGAAGUACGAGCAAGACCUUUACGCGAGAGAAUCCCUUAACGUGCCCAAGAUAUCUUACGUCGACAACCAAGACUGUAUAGAUUUAAUCGAGUCGAAGAACAUGGGAGUCUUCAGUCUGCUGGACGAGGAAUCUAAACUGCCAACGCAUAGCUUUGCACACUUCACCAGCGAGGUCCACCGUGUGUGGAAUGGCCACUUCAGGAUAACCUUGCCGCGAACGUCGCGUUUGAAGGCUCAUAGGGAGCUGCGCGAUGACGAAGGAUUCGUGAUUCGUCAUUACGCUGGUGGUGUCUGUUACCAGACGAAUCAGUUCAUAGAGAAGAACAACGACGCACUGCACGCGUCUCUGGAAGCAUUAAUUCAAGAGAGCAACAACAAGUUCCUCAGAACUCAGUUCGCCAACAAUUCGAGCCAGAAGGGGAAACUUACCUUCAUCAGCGUUGGGAGUAAAUUCAAAACUCAGUUGGGAGAGCUUAUGGACAAAUUGAAGAGCAAUGGUACAAAUUUCAUUCGUUGCAUCAAACCGAACAAUGACAUGGUGGAUCACCAGUUCGACGGCAAUAGCAUUCUGGGACAGCUUCGUUGCUCCGGCAUGACUUCCGUGUUGGAGCUUAUGGAGCACGGAUAUCCUAGCAGAGUUCCCUUCCAGGAGCUCUACAACAUGUACAAAUCGUACCUCCCACCGGAGUUGGCCAAACUGGAGCCUAGGUUCUUCUGCGAGGCGCUGCUUCACAGCUUGAAGUUGAACAAGAAAGAUUUCAAGUUCGGCAUCACCAGAGUGUUCUUCAAGCCGGGAAAGUUCGCGGAGUUCGACAAGAUCAUGAAGUCCGAUCCGGAGAACUUGAGGAAGUUGGUGGCCAAUGUGAAGAAAUGGUUGCUCAAGUCGCGAUGGAACAAAAUGCAGUUCUGCGCUCUGUCUGUGAUCAAGCUGAAGAACAAGAUCAUCUAUCGAAGAUAUCACUUGAUCAUUCUGCAGAAGACCAUUAGGAUGUACAUAGCUGAGAAGCAGCAUCGGCCUCGCAUAAAAGGGACCCAGAAGAUCAAGAAUCUGGAGACCCAGUUGAUCGGUAUGGAGGAGACGUCGAAGCAGCUGAAGAACCGCGAGAAGCCUAUGGGCGACAUAAAGAAGCUUAAGAACGAUUUGGAAGCUGCGCUUAAGAGGAUCAAGGACAACGAGAAGAUCAGACCGGCCGAGAUAGAUUCCCUUUACACGAACCUGGUCAAUCAGAUGAACAAACAGAUGGCGUCGCUUCAGGACAUGGUGGUGCAGCAGAAGAUCGCCGAGGAGCAGGCGCGAUUAAGGAAGAUACAGCAGGAGAUGGAACUUGAGAAGCAGAGGAAGGAGGAAGAGGAACGGAAGAAGAGGGAGGAGGAAGAAAACAGACGGAAGAAACAUGACAUCGAAGCGAGAAGAAAGGCGGAGGAGGAGCAGAAGAGGAAGCAAGAACAGGAGGAUCAGAAGGUUGCUGCUGUUCUUCAUGCGCAAAUGGAAAAGGAAGCGUUCGAAGAAACCAGAUUCCGCGAGCUGCUGGAACAAGAAAGAAGAGAUCACGAGUUAGCGGUCAGAUUAGCCCAAGAAUCGAAUGGGCAGGUCGAGGACUCGCCGCUGCCUGUCCGAAGCGGUUCCGAUGUACGAGUACCGUCGAACAACAACAGACUAGCAAGGUCCGAGCAGGUGCGCAAUAACCAGGCAGCUAUGGCUAAUAAGAAAUACGACUUGUCUAAGUGGAAGUACUCAGAGCUGCGGGACGCUAUAAAUACGUCUUGCGAUAUUGAAUUGUUGGAGGCUUGUCGUCACGAAUUCCAUCGAAGAUUGAAGGUCUAUCAUGCGUGGAAAGCAAGAAAUCGCAGGCGAACGACCAUGGAUGAAAAUGAGAGGGCUCCAAAGUCUAUCAUGGAAGCUGCUGCUAGAACACCCAGGACUCCAAUGAAACAGUCGAUAAACGAGUCCUCGCAACGGUAUUUCAGAAUUCCCUUCGUGAGACCAACUCCGACAGGACAGCCAGACAAUCCCCAUGCCACUGGUAAACGAGGAUGGUGGUACGCUCACUUUGAUGGUCAGUACGUGGCCAGACAGAUGGAACUUCACCCUGACAAGGCACCUAUCCUACUGGUGGCAGGUAUCGACGACAUGCAGAUGUGCGAGCUGAGCUUAGACGAGACCGGGUUGACCAGGAAACGUGGAGCAGAGGUGUUGGAGCACGAGUUCAACCGCGAAUGGGAGAAAAACGGAGGGAAACCGUACGUUCCCCCGUGCGACCGCAGGAAAUGAGGAUUCCUCGAGAAUAUUAAUACACGUUGAUAGUCUAAGCCCUCAUGAAUUUUUGUAUUUGUCGGCGUGGAUCCAAUUGGAAGGUAAACCCGCAGCACAGUGCCUUGAAACUGGUGCCUUUCGCGGUUGGCCACAGGCACGCCUGUAGACACCACGACAACAUCGAUUUCGUCGAUUCCGUUCCUGGAUCCGCGAUGCGACGUUGUAAAGUAACGUAUCUCGAUUCGUUUGCGAGACAAAUUUUCGUAUUCAGUAUUGGUGUGAUCAGUAUCGCUAAAUUGAAGGGUAGAGUUUUUUGUAUUACUUGACCUAGAAAGAUUAAGAGAAUGGCCUCUACAUUCCAUAGGUUACAGUGUGUUGAAAGUAUAUCUCGUUCGUCUUGCGUAGGUUAUUUAAAAAAAUUUAUCGGUGCUUAUUCCAUCAGAAUUGACGUUCAAGUCCGUUUCAAUUGGAUGAAGAUAUUUCUCAAGGAUAAAGCAUUGGCAAGUGAUUGGACACAAUAUUUUGUUUAGUCUUUCUAAGGUUAAUGGAGUGCGAGAGAGAGAGAGAGAGACACGUUGGUCGAACAAAAGAUCUCAUCGAAAUUCGAAUGAACUUCCUCGGGAGACAGUGUAAUUACGGAUGCCCGCAUGUUGUUAAUUUAUAAUAGUAAGUUUGAUGGUACACUGGUGGCGCGUGAACACGCUUUCACGGCAUGCAACGAUAAUGACACGAUGGUUCCUCGGUGUAACACAGAGCUUUGUUGAGAAAUAUUAUUUUUGAUUUAUUUAGCGGAGAUAAUUUCAUUAUACAUGAAGCAUACUAUUGCACAUUUAACGCGACGUCGGGGCGAACGAAGUGCGCGCACCACUUGUUCGACGACAAAUAAAUAAUAACUAUUGUAUCGCUUUCUCAUUAGCGGAAUGCUCUUCGUAGACCCCAGUGAACUAUUCUAUUGUUAGAGAGAUCGCGUUAAGUUCGUUCAUAUUCUAUAAUUACUUUAUCAUUAAGUCACUUUAAUACUAUGGUUUUCAUCAUGGAAACAUCAAUAAAAAGGAAAUGUCAAAUUGCAA